AUUUCAACCAGUUUUACCAACCGACUUGAUUUUUUCGCCAGGGAUUAGGGAAGAUGUUGGGCGGCUGAAGAAGAGAAGGAUGUGAGCCUCGCGUCAGUUGGGUUCAACACGCUAGAACAGGAUCGCUCUGAUUUUUCCAUGGAAAAGCAAAGAGUCAGGACACAUAGCCUGUGGUCAAUCAACGGCAAUUGACGCCUGACCGACUUCUCCGGGGAGGGAGGAAACCGACUGCGAGAAAACGAAGAAACCAUCGUCAGCAAUCAUGCCUGCCCCACCUCCGCCGCCUCCCAGCCUUCCAGAGGCCCCAUCCAGGGACAAAACUGCCGACAAUCGCCAGUCCGAGUCCCUUCCGCCCUGGGCCAAGAUUACGCUGACUUCAGCCGAGGCUGAGAUUGAGAAACUCAUAUCCAGAAACGAGCUCAAGGAUGCCGAAGUCACCUACUUUUGCCAGGUUGAACCGAUCCUGCAGGACGGACCUCAAUGCGGCCUCGUUGCACUAGCGAUGGCGUCGCAAGAGUACACCAAGCCAGUCUCGGUUACGCAGCUGCUAGCGGAGGCCAGAGUGAGGGGCUUUACGCAGCACGGAGAAGUCUACAGCGUCGACUACAUGGGAACACUGGCGGCUGAAUACCUGCCCGAACACAGGCCUGAUAUUCUGAUAGAUUUGCAGACUUGUCCAGAUUCGUUGACGCACGCACUCGCCCACGGAGCGAUGGUCCUCAUUCCGUACGAUUCGGACUUCAAUCACGCUCCGUGUUUAAAAAGGGGACACAAAGCGCACUGGGCGUUGCUGGUGGGUCUUAUUUCGUCGAGACAAGGCUAUCACGUCCUGGCCCGCCACGGCAAGUCUCGUCAUCUAGCCUGCUGGCCUCUGCGGGAUCUGAUCGAGAGCAACGGGAACUUGGAGGAGGAAGGUGCCGCCAGGCACGCCGGAGGCUACGUCGUGCCCAAAGGCGGUGUCGGAGGACAAAGAGGUCUGCGUGGCAGAGCGCUGGCCCUUCAUCCGUACAUCUAGACAUACAUGGUGGAGGAUAAACGGCAGGAAGUCCAACAUCUGCGGGGAGUCGAUUAUAAAUCCCAAAGAAUAAUGUAAUUUUUACAGAAAUUUUAAAAUCGUGUGAGCCAGAGAGAAAGGAAAAUAAGUCGAGAAGUAUCUAUGAUCACGGCGAUAAAGUGAUGGAAAUAAAAAUGGCAAUCAGCACUACGAAUAAACUCGCGAAAAGAGUGAAUUAGAAACACAAGAAACGUUGAAGAACAACGCGAUCCAUUGUAAGCUGUUUAAGAUCUUCGUCGUCUAAAUUGAAAACUUCAGAUUCGGAAUUUUCAUUUUCUCCUUUUUCUCAUACGGUUUCUUUGGAUUUAGCAAUUUCUCUACUACAUGUCGAUCGAUGACAUAUACUUGCGAUAUAAAAUGAAUCUGAAUCGUCUAGAUCAAACAUGCGAAUGUCGCAUGAAAUGAUGAAAAAUUGAGCAAAAAAAAAAAAAAAGAAACUAUUAUAAUUAGGUAGGCAGAUUAUCAAAAUGAUUAUGCAUCAUUGUAUGAAAAUAAUACGAUCAAAAAUCCGAAUCGUGAAAAAGUUCGGUUCAGCUUUUUACGGAAUCAUAGUAAAAAUACCACUAAAAAUUUAUCAUAUUAUUUAUGUAACGAAUAUUUAAAUUAUCAAAUGUAAAUUCGAUUAUUUAUCAUUGGUUAAGUUUGCGUCCCUCCAAAGAGAUGAAAGAACAUUUAACGCCAAAAAACAGAACAUAGCUCGUUAAGUAUGGGCACUAGUUUAGUAAGAAUCGUGAAUAUCGAACAAAUACCUAGUUAAGUAUGUAAAUUCGUUUAAAUGUUAAAUUGUUUUUUGUUCUAUGUUGUUAUUUUAAAAACGUUUUCUUUUCUUUUCUUUUCACUUACGUUGUUUCUGUUCCGAAAUUCGCUACCAUUGUUAAAUUCG